AGUGUCUGGACAUUGGUUUGAAGAAAAUAUGGAGGAAAAAAAGUUGGAAAAUGUGGAGGAAAAAAGGUCAGAAAAUGUGGAGGCAAAUGAUGCUUCUCUAACUGAAGUGGAUACUGUUGGAAGUGAACUCCGUACUCCACAUAUCAAAAGGGUGCCACAUCUCCACAAGCUAGAAAAAAAGCACAGCAGUGGAGACCUACACAGUCGACUGAAGACUCGGAAACUCCUGGGGGUAGGAGAAACAGAUGAUGGGGAUGUCCACAGGUCAAAGUUGAGUCAGAUUUUGGGACACAGUGACCAGCUGUAUAUUCGUCUUCCUCCGGGUCUACGAAUAUGGCAGAUUGCCAUGGCAAUCAUUAUGACAGUAAUGGCAUUAUGGGCAUUUAUUUUUCCAAGACACCUGUUCACAACAAUGUAUGACGGAGAGUAUGAGAACACGCUACCAAUCCGACUGUACGGAGUGGCACUUCUCUGUUUGUCUUUAAUGUACUGGUACACAGUGAACACAGUGGACAAAGACAUGAUCAGACUACUAUUGUUGUGCAGCAUUCUCUUCUUCUCACUUCAUACCAUUGUUUCAGCCCUCUGCCUACCAUUUGUGACCACACUGUGUGCUUUUCCUCUACUUUUCCUGUGUCUUAGACUCGUCUGUAUAUGUGUUAGUGUCUACUUCUACUGGGUGUUCACCAGAGAUUGGAAACUCUCCAGCAAGGAGCACUGGCGACUGUACAAACAACAGUGAGUAUCUGGGCAAUAUUUAUGGGACAUCAAGCCAUGUGGGCACUGUUGCUGGGAGGGUCCAGUGCUCUGAUCAACUGUUUAUAUUACUGGGGGCUGGGUUACAGGUUGUGUUUUGCCAUCCUGACUAGAACUUCCUCCAAGAAAGGAGCAACGAAAAGACCCAGUAAAACUGCAGAACAAGAGCAGUAACUCUGGAAGGUCCAAUUAAGCUCUUCUUCAUUAUCUGUAUUGUAAAUGUUCUUGAUAAUUUAUUGAUAUAAAUAUGUCUCCUGUCUGUCUUGUGAAUUAAUUUGACAAUUGCUAAUGGUAACAAAAAUUGCCAAUGCAUGGUAACAAAAUUUCAACUAUUUGUCUAAGAUUUAUAAAAUUAAUUGAGAAACAUAUACAUCUUUUUAUUUAUUUUUUUGUGAGUUUCUAAACAGGCUGUUCAGAGGUGCUAAUUUAAGCUGCAUUUAUAUAGACAGAAGGACAUUGUAGUCCAGCAAUAGUCUAGAUUUUUCUUAUUGUUCUGUGUUAUGAAUUAAUUGAAAGUCCUGAUUGUAAGAAAUUGGAAUAGAAUGUGUGUUUGUAAGAGGGGCGUGUCACGAUAAAUUGUAGACUUGGCUAACUGUAUGUUUCAUGUAAAUUUUGACUAAAA